UUCACUCUUUACGACGCGCUGAAGUCCAGUCAGUUAUUGACUUCCCAUUCCCGUUCCAGUUCUGAAAGUUAAAAACAAAAUACAAUAUAAACACACACACAAACAAAAUCCAUCGGUGUUGAGUGGAUUUGUUUUUUAAAAUGUAAUAACCAUAAUAUGUGUAUCAAACUUUUGGAAUACCACUCAGUCAUGUUUAACAAAUUAAAAAAACUUGAUGAUUUCGCGAGUUUAAUUAAUCAGCUGACUGGAGUAGUCAAAGAAUGAUUGUAUCUGCACCUUCAAAAUUUAAAUAUCGGCUGAAUGAAAAUGGGAUACAAAAAUGUGUAAUUCAUAAAAUUAGAGUAUAAUUAUUCUGCAAUGACUUGAAUAUUUUUAAAUAUAUGACGGUGGGAGCUUAGCCCUGAGAAUCAAGACCUACACAUAUAAAAUAAAACACAAGCAUGGACAAUGUAGAGGAACGAGUUCCUCUCAUCGAGGGAAAAAUAUCUUUUUCUACAAGAUAUGCUUAUGCGUUGGGUCACAUUUUCAAUGACCUGGCAGCUGCAAUGUGGUUUUCUUACACAUUAUUAUUCCUGCAAAGGGUAUCUCUCCUUGACCCUAUAGUCGCCGGUUCUCUAUUGCUAUUAGGUCAAAUAGUUGAUGCUCUGAUGACUCCUGUUUUCGGAAUUCUCGUAGACAAAUAUGCAAAAAAGAAAAUCUGGCACGUGAUAGGUUCAAUUAUGGUGACGUUUUCCUUCCCAAUAAUUUUUGGAAGUUUCGUCAAUCCUCGAAAUCCCACAACUAUGAUGACUCUAUCUGUAAUAAGUAUCAUAGUAUUUCAAACUGGUUGGGCUGCUGUUCAAAUUUCACACUUGUCUAUGAUUCCAGCUUUAACAAAUUCACCAAUUGUACGAGCCGAUUUAACUGCUAUACGUUAUUCAGCACAAGUUGGUGCAGCGGUAUUAGUUUUUAUAGUCACCUGGGUACUACUACCAAAUAGUGAAGAUUCAGUUGUUCGAUUAGGAGUACAAGAUGCCGGCAAAUUUAGGAAUAUUGUCUUGGUUUUAACUAUAAUUGGAAUAGCAGCAACAAUAUUUUUCCACAUUUUCCUCAAAGCUAGAUUGUUAGAAGAUACAUCAUCUAAAGUGAAUAACGAUCACAUUUCUAGAUUCAAUUCUUCCUCGAAUAGGAGAAGGUCCUGGAUAGGGACAAGUAUUUUGUUAAGAGUUGCACUUCUGUAUGUGGCCAGCAGAUUGUUUCUCACAUUAGCAACCGUAUACUUGCCUUUAUUCAUAGAAGAAAUAGACGUUGGAGGAAAACAGGCUUUAGCAACAGUGCCUUUGGUUUCCUACCUUUCGUCUUUCAUGUCCUCGUUACUUUUGAAAUACAUGAAUCGCUCUUGUGGUACCAAGGUCUGCUACUUAUUAGGUGCUCUUAUUGGCAUACUUGCAGCGAUAGUGAUAGAAUUCGCCGGAAGUAACGCAGCUGUUAUGUAUUCAGUAGCUAUUCUAAUCGGAGCUGGAAGUUCGAUUACAAUGGUUACAGCACUCAGCGUAACAGCAGAACUUAUCGGGUCAAGAACAGAUAGAAGUGCUUUUGUGUACUCUAUUGUUACUUUUCUAGACAAAGUCGUUACUGGCCUUGUCGUAAUUUUGAUAGAAAAAUGGAGAUGCCAACAAAAGGAACUUUGUCCAACUUAUAAUCGAGAUACUUUAUCAAUCGUAUGUGCCUCUUCAAUGCUCUUAGGGCUGAUUACUCUUGUAACAAUUACUCGGUGUUUUACAUAAAAUUUAUUGUUAGGAAACAAUUAAAAUAAUUUCAAUAUCUUCUUUUGAACUCUGUAAUUUAAAUUCUUAUAUGAAUUAUUAA